AUGGCUUAUUGGUCUGCAGAAAAUGCCACAAAAGCCUUUCUCAGCACUUUGAAAAUGGAUCAAAAGGCAAAAGAACCAUCGGUUGCUGAAUAUAUAUCAGCAUUAGCAGCUGGAAACAAUGCACAACUAAUGGUAGUAGCUUGUGCUGCUGCAGCUGAUUUAACAACAUUUGCACUAAUUGCUGCUGCUAAUCAAACUAAUGGCAAUGUGAUAUGCAUUGUACCUAACAAUGAAGAUUUACUUGCCUCAAAAUAUUUCUUAGGAGAAUAUUCUAAUAAAGUGAAGUUCAUGAUUGGCAAAGAAGCACAAGAAUUAGAUGUACUAAACAAAGCUGAUUUUGUGGCAAUUGAUUGUAAUCUUGUGAGCCAUGAAGAGAUUGUGAAAGAUAAAGUCCUAGAAGUAUGA